AUGAAGCGCGCGCUCUGUGCCUCCCUCUCCCUGCUCGCGGCCGCCGUGGCCCAGCAGGUGGGAACUAAUGAGCCGGAAGUUCACCCCAAGAUGACCUGGAAGAAGUGCUCCAGCGGUGGUUCGUGCUCGACCGUCAACGGCGAGGUCGUCAUCGACGGCAACUGGCGAUGGAUCCACAACAUUGGUGGCUACGAGAACUGCUACAGCGGCAACAAGUGGACCAGCGUGUGCAGCACCAACGCCGACUGCGCCACCAAGUGCGCCAUGGAGGGUGCCAAGUACCAGGAGACUUAUGGCGUUUCCACGAGCGGUGAUGCGCUCACGCUCAAGUUUGUCCAGCAAAACUCGAGCGGCAAGAACGUCGGUUCCAGGAUGUACCUGAUGAACGGAGCCAACAAGUACCAGAUGUUCACGCUCAAGAACAACGAGUUUGCCUUUGACGUGGAUUUGUCAUCGGUCGAGUGCGGCAUGAACAGUGCCCUCUACUUUGUCCCGAUGAAGGAGGACGGUGGCAUGUCCACGGAGCCCAACAACAAGGCCGGAGCCAAGUACGGAACUGGUUACUGUGACGCCCAGUGCGCCCGUGACCUCAAGUUCAUCGGCGGCAAGGGUAAUAUUGAGGGCUGGCAGCCGUCCAGCACCGACAGCAGCGCCGGCAUCGGUGCCCAGGGUGCCUGCUGUGCCGAGAUCGACAUCUGGGAGUCCAACAAGAACGCGUUCGCCUUUACGCCGCACCCUUGCGAGAACAACGAGUACCACGUCUGCACCGAGCCCAACUGCGGCGGCACCUACGCCGACGACCGCUACGGAGGUGGCUGCGACGCCAACGGCUGCGACUACAACCCCUACCGCAUGGGCAACCCCGACUUCUACGGCCCCGGCAAGACCAUCGACACCAACAGGAAGUUCACCGUCAUUUCCCGCUUCGAGAACAACCGCAACUACCAGAUCCUGAUGCAGGACGGCGUCGCCCACCGCAUUCCCGGCCCCAAGUUUGACGGUCUCGAGGGCGAGACUGGCGAGCUCAACGAGCAGUUCUGCACAGACCAGUUCACCGUAUUUGACGAGCGCAACCGCUUCAACGAGGUUGGAGGCUGGUCUAAGCUCAACGCCGCCUACGAAAUCCCAAUGGUCCUGGUCAUGUCCAUCUGGUCCGACCACUUUGCCAACAUGCUCUGGCUCGACUCCACCUACCCUCCCGAGAAGGCAGGCCAGCCCGGCUCUGCCCGUGGACCCUGCCCUGCCGACGGCGGCGACCCCAACGGCGUCGUCAACCAGUACCCCAACGCAAAGGUCAUUUGGUCAAACGUCCGGUUCGGCCCCAUUGGCAGCACCUACCAGGUCGACUAA